CGUAACAGUAUCUGGUGGUCGUACUCAUGCACCCAGCUGAUUGUAAUAGGUCGGCUAAAUAUGGUGAAAGCACUAUUUUUGGACCUGGAGAGGCCGCUGCGAGCUCCUGCCGCGCCGCCAUAUUGGACACAGCAGAGAAGUGUGUGAAGUGUGUGAGCAGUUUAAAGUGUGUGCGUUUGUGUAUGUAAACAUGACCCAAUAGAGACAAUUCUACAUUCUGCAAUAAUGAUCUGCUGGUUUGAGUCUCACCUUCUGCACACAGCGAUGUAAGAGCUGACCUAAGACCAACGAGACAGUGUGCAAAAGUUCCUUAUUUCUUCCAAAGUUCAACUGACAGAAGUCUUUCUAAAGGUUUAUACUCUUCUAAGCCACACCCUUACCAUUGAAAUCUCUGAACACAGAGCUGUAGAUCUUUAGAACCUGUUAAGACUCAUAUCAGGAGUUCAUCAUGCCUGGAAUGGACAGAGAUCUUGUGCUGGAGGCUCUCUCUACUCUCACCAAUGCUUCAGUGAAAUGUCUUGAUCCUGGUGAAUCCACAGAUUCAGAACUGACAGUUUACAAUUUCAUCUCAACGACUUUUAAUUACACUGUAGAUAGUGUUAAUGUCGUGGCUUCUUUGCUGAAAAAAAUUGCUCUGGGCAGCAGUGAAAUGGAUCAUUUACACAACGAGCUGUUCAUGGACAUGGAGAACUUCUUUGAUCCAAUAUAUGAUUAUGAUUUCCGCAACAUGACGGAUUCCUCAGAGUGCUCACGUGGAGGAGAACCGUACAAGCGGCCGGUCGGGUGGUACCGAUUCGCUCUGAAGGUGAAGAAUAAAUACCCAGAUGGAAACGCAUGGCUCGGAUCUAUAGGAUGGAGGACUCAGUCUGAACCUGGUGAGUGGCCUGUUUCCUUCCACGGUACGACCAUCGAAGGUGCUAAAGGAAUCGCACGCUUACAUUUUAAAGCUGGAGAUAGAUGUGCAUAUGGACGCGGCAUUUAUUCAACUCCUGACAUUACAAUUGCAAAGGGAUACACCAAGACUUUCAUAUCCAAGAAAACCGGGAAAACCUACAAAGUCAUCAUGCAGAACCGAAUAAAUCCUCAGAAACGAAAAAUUACUGUGAAACCAGGUUUCUGGCUCAUCCCCGUUCCUGAGGGCACCACAGCGGAGCAGGAGAAGGAGAUCGUGGAGAGUUCCAUCCGUCCUUACGGCAUUCUGAUUAAAGAAGUGACUCAGUAAUAAUCACUUCACACUGAUAUUAACUGCAUCAUUUGAACUGUUCAAUUCAAGAUCAGUUAUUGAUGAUUACAUAGCAAAUAAAAGUGAUUGUUACACAUUAUGACAGAUAAAAUUCACAUUGUAAUUGUUUUA